AGCAUUCAAGGCCAUCCAAACCAUUUAGGGAGGAGAUCCAUUUAUAAAAAAUGCACGCGGAGAAGAUUGCCAUGCUAUAGCGUCUGAAUCUCCAAAAAUCUUGCAGUUGAUUAAUGAACACAUGCAGAGACGUGGAAAUCCGGGAUUUACGCCAGAAGCACCUCGAACUAGUGCACGACCACGUACGUUAGAGGAGCUGCUAGAAGAAAUGAAUUUACUUCGACUUGUUGACAAAUUCAAGGCGGAGAACAUCGAUCUGAAUUUGUUCUUCGAUUUGACUGAAAAGGACUUUGAAGAAAUGGGCAUAGCAUAUGGGCCAAAAAAGCGUAUGCUGACAGUAAUUGACAGAUAUCGUAAAACUGGUCAAAUCUCUAGCGAGCCUAUAGAGGUUGAAGUAGCACCGCCGCCACCCUACACCACAAAUGAAGAUGGUGGACAAAAGGAGAUGAUUGCAUCAAUGAGAUACAUUCGUCAGAUGAACGACAUGACGAAACAGCUAGCGAUGGAUGCUCUAGAAGUAGCCCGAAGGUCCAACAAUGGUGAUACGUAA